AGUAAUCCCUUGGACUAUUUUGUGUAGCCAUUUCUAACGCUGUCAAAUUGCUGGUAAUGAGCGAGGUGGGCGAAGAGGAGCUUGCCGCGUGCAUUGCUACGCUGCAGAAGCUCCAUGGAGAGGAAGCUCACCAGUUGUUCCAGUCAUCUCCGCGCUUUAAGCCACUGCGGACGGCGCUGAUCCCUCUCAUUGCAGAUCUGCGCGCCAAAUUCUUCCAUGGGAACUCAGCAGCAAGUGACAACUCGCGCCAGGAGCGCAAGAGAGCCAAGAAGGUGGAGAGAGCAAGGCAGAAAGCUCUGGAUCAGCAGUACGUGAACAACACUAAGCUGCGCGCAGAGCGAAUCGCGCGGUUGGCAGCGUUGCAGGCGCAGAACCCGUUGCUAGCCAAUGUACCCGACGGUGUCGCGGCUGCUGAUGAACCGAUGCUCCUGAAGGAGAACGGAGAAGAGGAGAAGAAGAAAGAAGAGAGAGAAACGGAGCAAUUGCAUUACCACCGUGCAUGCUACACGUGCAAGGUCAAGUUCCGUAAGCUGCAUCACUUCUACGAUCGGCUGUGUCCAUCCUGUGCCGAACUCAAUUACAAGAAGCGUCUGCAGAAUGCCGAUCUGCGCGGACAUAUCGCAGUUGUCACGGGUGCGAGAGUGAAGAUUGGCUACGAGAUUGCACUGAAAUUGCUGCGUAGUGGAGCGACGGUGGUGGCCACGACGCGGUUCCCCAAGGAUGCAGCGUUCCGGUAUGCGAAGGAGAAGGAUUUUGAAGUCUGGAAGGAGCGACUGCAGAUUUACGGCAUGGACUUUCGUGACCUGGGCGUGAUCGACAAGUUUAUGGACCAUAUUGAGGAGACCUGUGGGAGUCUCGACAUCUUGAUUAACAACGCGACUCAGACGAUUCGACGACCAGUGCACUACUACAAGCACCUGAUCGAGUGCGAGGUGGCACCGGUACCGGAAGAAAUGGCUAAGGUCAACCAAAUUCUUCGGGGUAACGCAAACCUUCUUGGUAGUUCCCCAACGGACGUCGAGAGUGAGAGCGUUUCUGUCAAUGGUGCUGCAAUCGUUAGCACCAGUGGAGGCUCAUCGACGGCGAUCUCCACUGCUACUGCAUCGGCGUCUGCAUCCGUGCACCUUUCGCAGAUGCCACUUGUUGCUGAAGACCAACAUUCCGCAGAGACGGAAACCUUGUUUCCAAAGGGUCAAGUGGAUAACAACCAGCAGCAGGUGGAUCUCCGCACAUCGAACUCAUGGGUCAAAAAAAUCAACCAGAUCGAAACCAUGGAGCUGGUGGAAGUGUUCGCGAUCAAUACGAUGGCCCCGUUCAUCCUCAAUAAACGUGCCAUCCCUCUUCUCGAAAAGAGCUCGAACGAACGCCGCUUUAUCAUUAAUGUCAGUGCGAUGGAAGGCAAGUUCUACCGCAGCAAGACACCGAACCAUCCGCAUACGAACAUGGCCAAGGCUGCGGCGAACAUGAUGACGAGAACGUGUGCUGAAGAUCUUGCCAAGAAAGGCAUUUACAUGUCCAGUGUUGACACGGGCUGGAUUAACGACGAGAACCCGCGAGACGUGGCUGUUCGCAUUGCUGACACUCACAACUUCCAGACGCCACUAGACGAGGUCGACGCUGCUGCUCGUGUGCUUGACCCGAUUUUUGCUCUGUAUCAACAAGGCAACACGGACAAACCGCUAUAUGGUCAGUUCCUCAAGGACUACGCAGUCUCCGAGUGGUAAAUUGUUUUGCCUCAUUAGAACGAUUAGUCGUUGGUAACCAGGGGGAUAGAAUUCAUUAUCCAAACGUGUGGUGCAAAUGUGAACAACGUGGCGUACAUACUGUCUCCCUUCAGUC